GCAGACAAGAACGUAGAGUUCUGAUCACAACUUAAUUUUAAUAAAACCCCUGUUAAAACGAUAAAAGUGCAAUGAAAUUGCUAAGCCAAAUGUUUAUAAUAACUGCGUUAAUCGCUUUGGCCUCAUCGGCGGCUUUGGAGAAAGGCGAGCGAGAGGAGGAGCUUCAUUUCGGAUUUCACACCGAAAAUGGUCACCAGAGAAAUGAGGCCAUAACGUACACAGUAAAACCGGAAACAGUUCAGGAUCCCAAGGAGGUGACAACCCAAAAGCCAGUGGAGUAUAAAGGUGGAUACAGCUUCAUCUCAGCCGAUGGUUAUGAGUACCAGGUCCUCUAUAAGGCCAACAAAAACGGUUUUCAGCCCUAUGUGACAGCCCACAAAAUUAAACCGGAUAAGAUGUAUUAAGCGUGGCUCAAAAGCUCUUUCCACAGUGGUGGCAGACUUGGCUAGAAAAAGCUUAGAUGUCUUCUGGCCAGCUCGUUAAUCUUCAAUCAUUUCGAGAUAGACUGAUUGCAACAUCAUCAGCAUAAU